AACUCUAGGAAUCGCGUUGUUCUAGUAAUUUCAAUAGAAAUAAUCGGGGUUGAUUUAUUGUGCAAUAAUUAGGUUGAUGUUGUAUACCGGUAGUGCUUAAAAGUUUUUAAUACUCAAGUUCUAUAUAAAAAAGUGUUUGAGUUUAUGAAGUGGUUCAGUGAUAGAAAUUUUACGAUUUCAUUAGGAAAAAAAAUUAGAAUGAAGAUAUACUUGAUUUACUUCACCUUCGUGGCCGCAGGGACGUUCGUGACUUCUUUUCCCAUUAGGAUAACAAACAAAGAAGAUUGUCGUUGUUUGGAUAAUUACGAGGCUAGAAACGAUCCCAAAUCGGGUUAUAAAUGUUACGGAUUGGUAUCGAAAGUGAUCUCUAACUGUAAUACUAUACGAAGACCGAAAUGUUUAUGUACCGAUCCGACCGGCGUUCUAACAGACGCUACUGGUACUUGGUGUACUGAGUACCGGAGCGGAAGGGAAAUAAGAAGAUGGAGUUGUGAAAAUAGGAAUGAUUGGGAAGCGUUUUUCACUCAAUAUCCCGACGAGAGGUUUCCGCGCGUUUGAGCAUUUAUUCAUAUGUUAUCAAUUCUAAUUUUAUUCAAUAAAUUUACUAUUUAUACAAAUAAAUAUUUAACGAUGUC